GAAGAGAGAAAGACAUGACAAAAAUCUCAAAAGGCAGAAAGCACGCCGUACCAUGCGAGCCAAACUGGCGACCGACGGGAUCGAGGAUGUCGGAUUAAUGGUGACGACCGCAGCCCGUUUUCGCAGAGGAAGCUUCUCUAUCGCAACUUGGGCGCAGAGGGUCCGCGGGGAAACAUGGCCGAAGGAGGGCCGGGUAAAGGUGGCGGUGGCGCCGGCGGAGAAGACCCCGCCGAGUCCACCGAGCAGGAGGAGAGGACUCGAGCCCAGGUCCUGUCCGGAUCGGGCUUCUGCAAGUGGUUCAACGUCCGGAUGGGCUUCGGAUUUAUAUCAAUGACACACAGCGCGGGGAGCCCCGUCGACCCGCCUCUGGAUGUUUUCGUCCACCAAAGCAAACUGGUGAUGGAGGGUUUCCGCAGCUUAAAGGAGGGUGAGCAGGUGGAAUUCAUCUAUAAGAAGUCCUCUAAGGGCCUGGAGUCCCUGCGGGUGACCGGACCUGGAGGAGGACCCUGUGCAGGCAGUGAGAGGAGACCUAAAGGGAAGGUUCCACUCGUGAAACGUAAACCAAAGGGAGAUCGCUGUUAUAACUGUGGAGGUCUGGAUCACCAUGCCAAGGAGUGUGGCCUGCCCCCCCAGCCAAAGAAAUGCCACUACUGCCAGAGCAUCACUCACAUGGUAGCCCAGUGUCCCCACAAGGCGCUGGCACCCGGCGCAGGCUCUCAGGACCAACAAGCGUCUACCUCGGCCUCCGCUCCAGGCACGGGGCCUCACCUCCGCCUCCCCGAGGAGGAAGAGCGCUCCGGCUCGUCUCCCCUGGAGGGGUCCUCCUCGUCACCCGAGGAGCCACACACACACCGCAGCUCACGGACCCAAAGGUGGAGGAAAUCCUGAAAAUGUUCCGUCGAGGUGAACUUUUUUUUCCAACACACAGCCUCUGACCUUUGUGUCUACCCUCAAUCAAGGUUACCCCAAGCCCCCCUUCCUCCUCGUCUACCUCACACUUGUGAAAAAAGAAGAAAAAAUUGGGAGUUUUUUUUAUUAUUAUUAUUUCUUUUAUUUUUCAUUGUGUUAUUUUUCUAACCAGCACAGCUGUGGCAGCGAUCAGCGGGGUACAUGCGUGCAUGAAUGUGUGCGACUGACUUGCAGUCAUCUGGUGCAGCUAUGGAAACGACUGCUAGAAAGGUGACUGCAGGGAAUAAUUCUUUAUGUUUCAAUCUGUGCAGCUCAAUGGUGAAAUGUCAUUUGUGUGUAGGUUUUGAUGACUGUGCUGUUUCUGCUGCCCCUUGGACCUGCAGGGUGGCUAUUUUAAAAGCCCCCUUCCUGCUUAUUUUGGAGACCUAAAGCCACAACUUUAUACUGUAAACUUAAUCAUUCAGAGAGAGAGAGAGAGAAAAAUCCCGAUUGCAUCUUCACAGCACACAUGGUAGCUCAUUUUAAAAUGGAUUAGGGGACAACUCUUAAGAGCUUGAGUCCCACUAAGUAAUAAUCCAGACCCACAGGACUUUUAGCCUGGCUUCUAGAGAUCUUUUGGGGAAACUUAAUGCAUUCCUGAGGGGUCGUUUUAAAAAGCUGCUGAGCUGCUAGAGUACGUUUUCUCUCGUUUCAAAACCCUCGAUACAUAUCGCUUUCGUGACACGGACUGGACCAACUGAUUGUUGAAGUGUGAGCAAGUGCAAGACUGAGAACAAAGAAGAGGGAGAGUGUGUGCAUUUCAUGGAUACUCCGUAAGAAAUCAGAAUAGUCAAACUGGAGAAUUGUCUUCUUCAUGGGCGAAUCAUGGCUGUUAAAACUCCACCGUUUUCCUAUUAUCACAGAUAGAUGCAUAUUAUAUAAGGCAAAUAUAUAAUUAGUCAAGAUAAUAGCUUAGGUUUUAAGGAAAUGCCUUAUCAUUAGACUUCCAUUUUGA